GCCAUCGGUCAUCAGUACUCCUCGCUGGGAACUCAGCCCAUCCUUUGUGGUAGCAUUCCUGGCCUAGUGCCCAAGCAACUUCGUUUCUGCCGGAACUAUGUGCAGAUCAUGCCCAGCGUGGCUGAAGGAGUCAAGAUUGGGAUUCAGGAGUGCCAGCAUCAGUUUCGUGGGAGGAGGUGGAACUGUACCACCGUCAAUGACAGUUUGGCCAUCUUUGGACCGGUGUUAGAUAAAGCCACCCGGGAGUCGGCCUUCGUCCACGCCAUUGCCUCGGCCGGAGUGGCAUUCGCCGUGACCCGCUCCUGCGCGGAAGGUUCUUCCACCAUCUGCGGCUGCGACACCCGUCACAAAGGUCCCCCUGGAGAAGGGUGGAAGUGGGGUGGCUGCAGCGAGGAUGUGGAAUUCGGCAGCAUGGUGUCGCGGGAGUUUGCGGACGCGCGAGAAAACCGGCCAGACGCUCGCUCGGCCAUGAACAGGCACAACAACGAAGCGGGACGAACGUCCAUCAUAGACCACAUGCAUCUCAAAUGCAAGUGCCACGGGCUGUCCGGCAGCUGUGAGGUCAAGACCUGUUGGUGGUCUCAACCAGACUUCCGGGUCAUCGGCGACUACCUCAAAGAUAAGUACGACAGCGCUUCUGAGAUGGUGGUGGAGAAACACCGAGAAUCCCGUGGCUGGGUUGAAACCCUGCGCCCCAAAUAUAAUUUCUUCAAAGCACCCACAGAGCGAGACCUGGUCUACUAUGAAAACUCCCCAAAUUUUUGUGAGCCCAACCCUGAAACUGGUUCAUUUGGCACCCGCGACCGAGUCUGCAACAUCAGCUCUCACGGCAUCGACGGUUGUGACCUGCUGUGUUGCGGCCGCGGACACAACACACGGACCGAGAAGAGGAAGGAGAAAUGUCAUUGUAUCUUCCACUGGUGUUGCUACGUCAGCUGCCAGGAAUGUGUACGGAUCUACGAUGUUCACACAUGCAAGUAAAAAGGGAUAACCUGCUCCAUCAUGGGAGAUGAAUCGGAAGGAAUAUUUUUUUUUAGUUGGGGGAAAAAACGAUUUCUUGAGAGUGAAUGAAGACAAACGGAGAGAGAGGGAGCAAGAAGAUAAAAUGGGUGGACUAGGAUAGAUCUAAUGUCUUCUGGGCCAUCCCACCUGGAAAUUAACUUUGCAACACCAUGGACAAGAGAAACCAACAAAUGGGGGUCGUUCAUUCUCACUAUCGUUCUACGGAGAGGAGAUGGUGAUUUCUUUAACUAGACAUAGAAUUGGGUUGUAGUUGUCUUCUGGGGUGUCAUCUCUUCCUUCUUUGAAACCACAAGCCACCGGAUCUAUAGGUGAAUUCUGAACUCGGAAGACGAUUCUACGCGAGGAUCCGCCUGUUACAGCACCAACCUUAAACCAGGAUUUUAACUGUUGUAUAGGAUUGAAAACGGUCCACAUGUGACAGUUUAUCAAAGAUCUCCCAUAAAUUCUUGAGGGAAUUAAAAGGAUCUGAAGAGGACCCGUUGCUCUGUGGAUGGGCCCUGUGUGUUGUCUUCUGAACUGGAUAAUAACGGUGUCUCAUACCACUAAGGGAAGUGAUGCUUUGAGAAGACAAUCAUGCUCAUACAGCAUGUCAGACAAAAGACACACACAUCUACACAGACACAGGCUGUGGUUCAAGUAUGUGUAGAACUCUCUCGCGCGGCCUGGAAUUGGUUUUGAGGACAUUUGGUGUUUCUUGUUCAGGCUCGUAGACUGCACUCAAUGCGGAUCCAAUAAAUGGUUCUCUUGUGUUUGAUGCCUUAUUGUAUGGUUGGUUAAUCAACAAAUAUUGUAUUGCCACGAUAGAGAGAAGGAGAAAACGGGGUACUUCUCUCUGAAUAGUCUUCAUCUUUA